AUGGCGGCCCUGUUCGAGACGUUCCGGGCGUCGUCCAUGCCCAAGCGGCUUCUUCGAUAUGCCCUGUCCCGACUAGAUCUCCUAGAUGCGGAGACUUUGGACAUGGAGAAUCUCGAUUUGGCACUGGGAAGGACGAAUACACUCGAGUUCAGAGAUGCCGGCAUCAAGCUCAAGAAACUCAGAAAACUGCUCAACCUCCCGCCGUCCUUUCAUUUGCUCAAGGCCAAGGUCGCCGUGCUCAGAAUCACGAUACCCAUCGAUUUCUACACCAGCCCGAUUACGGUCGAAGUUGACGGGGUCGAUGUCCGCCUCAAAUUCACACCGAAGGACGAGACGGAACAGCAGAGGAAGAGGAGGGAAAAGAGCUCAGAGGCUUCAGAGAUUGUCCCCAACCCCGUCGACCUUGCCGAGUCGUUCCUCGAACAACAGCCGCCCGCCGAGAGGAAGCAACUGGAGGAGGCCCUUGUUGCCGAGACCCACGACAUGGGUGCCUCGCUGGCGAUGAGUGAGGACGAGAAUGACGAGGAUAGUCAAUACGGCACUGGCCAGGCCCUCUCGCUGCCGGCUUUCAUGGCCGACUUUCUUCAGGGGAUUGUCGACCGCUUGCAGGUCAGCAUCCGCGGGGUAACAUUUCAGGUCGACGUCGAGGUCAUGCUUGAUAAUGCCGCUACGACGCCGGAAUUAGUGACGCUUCAGCUCGCGAUGGAUGGGGUCAGUGUCGAGGGUGUAACGGUCGGUGCCCUCGACGAAAGCGAUGGUCCGAGGAUAGUUCCCAAGGAAGGAAAACGGCAUAUCUCCCUGGACAACAUCCGCGCUUUUCUCAUCACUGAGACUAAUGUUUUCUCUUCACUGGCACAAUCGCCGUCUAUACCCUCCUCACUCGCCUCCCGAUCACCGAGCGUCAGCACUGGGCCGGCGUUCUCUAGGGAAGCUUCCAUUGCGGGCCGUACGAUGGACGAGGGGUCAUUUGACGGGUCGAUCGAAGUCGAUUCAGGCAAUGACCCAAUGCAAGACAGCGAGGAUGCAUUUGAUAUUCCUUACGAGUUCGACGCCCCUGGAGAGGAGCAGGAUGAUCUGCCGGAAGGGGCCGCCUCGCCUGCUUCUUCACUCUCGACACCGCGGGCCUCCUUGUACCAGGGGUCACCUGCGUCUAGCCAGUCCCCUAUCGAGCCGAUGGGGCCAAUAGACUCGCAGGCGCUGCACUAUAGCACUCUUAUCAGGGGAGCUGAGGACGAGCCAGACCCACGGGAGUCAGGACAUCUCGACGCGGCCUUCCCGUGGGAGCCAAUGGAAGAUUCGGUCGACUCAUCGCCUGCAAGUGACACAUCUAGUUCCGGAGCGGUCGAGGAUCUGGCGCAAUCUCAUGUCUUCAGCCACGAGGAGGCUGAAAGUAUGUACAUGAGCGCCUUCUCCCAGACCGAGUCUACGCGGCUGCGCUCCGCCAUGCCAGGCGGUUGGGAUUCCCCUGCGCAUAGCCCCGACAAUUCUCCCAAGGCUCAACGGAUGGAGCCGAAACCAAGCCCGCCUCCCGAGGAUGUGGAGCUGCCAUCGGAGGAGAUCACACCCUCUGACCCUUUGCAGGCCUCAGAAGUUCACCCUAUUCAAUCUCAUGUUGAGAUUGCAGAGCGGGAGCCAUCUCCAAAGCCGGAUCACGAUCCAGUUGAGACCACGCCUCCCCAAGUUCCGGAUGAGAUCCCGCAAGAUGGGGCCGCGACGCCAAGAGGACCAACCCGACUUGUGAAAGAAGUAUUAUCAAUGAAGACCCUCUCUGUCCACAUUCCCUCAAAUCACAAGCACAUCCAAGUCCCGAUCCCGACCCCAAGCUCCAUGGGACGGUCCGUCGCUCCAAAUCUUCCUGGGGCCUUCUCCGUUCACAGCUCCUUACCGACACCAUCGGUGAGCCAAUUGGAUCAGUCGCAUGCUCCAGAAGUACAGCCUCCCCAAAAAGACAACAUCUUAGAAAUAAACCUGUCUCCGCUGGAGCUCCGGUUCGAUGCGUCCAUCGGGUUCCUCAUUGCCCGCAUCAUAGGCGAGCUUCUGGCCUCUCUGACUGGCUCAGAGACGAAUCCCAAAGAACAGACAACCGCAACUGUCGACAAGAAGGAGUCAUCUCCUCUUAAUGUGAGGAUCACAGCAGAGAAGAUAUCGCUGCUGUUCCUGGACAAGCUUGCUGGGGUUGCUGAUACCGCAGAGAGGAUACUCGGUCAGCAAUCGGCUGGAUUCCAGCACGAUGUGCUCCUUCAGGCCAUCCUCGAGAACCUCAAGGUCGAGACGGCACAAUCUACCGUGUCGACCGAAACAGUUGUCGACCUUGAGAAGUUUCGUUUUGGGUAUGCAAAUGCCGACAUCAUCUGCUUUGAUCGCGAAAUCCAGAUGCGCACAUCUGUUAGAGACGUUUUCCCUGCUGGAGGGGCAGAUGUUUCGAUGAAGCUCACGCAGUACCCGGAUGUGACGAGAUGCGAAAUCAACACCCUCCCGCUCAUGGUACAGGUCGACUUGCAGAGGCUUGACGAGACCUUCAGCUGGUUUGGUGGCCUGAGUAGUUUCCUGGGUAUGGGCUCAUCCAUGGCAUCGACAACGUCAAUGAUGAGCCCGGUGAAGACCACACCCAAGCCGCGAGGUGUGCGAUUUGACACACCGCAUAGCCCUGGAGCUCCUGCUGCCGAGGAAUCUUCUCUUACGCAUGAGAGCAAGAUUGACGUGCGAGUCGGUGGUAUGCACCUGGGCAUUAUCGGUAGGGACUGCAGUGUCUCGUUGGAUACCAGCGCCGUCAAAAUUGCCAGCCGACAGAAUCUGCUCGGCGUCACGAUUAGCAGGGUUCGCCUGGCAGGCCCCAAUCUGAGAAAUUCUCGAAGCGAGACGCCCGUCGUCGCGGAGAUCUCCAAUACGCGGCUCGAAUACCAGCCAGGUCCUCGCGACACUGAUUUGGAAAGGCUCUUGGAACUCAUUACGCCUUCCAAGGUAAAGUUUGAUGAUAGUGACGACGUUAUCAUGGUAGACACGCUUCUCAGGCAAAGGAGGAAGGGCCCGAUCCUGCGGCUGACCUCUGACGAGGCUCGAGUGACUGUGCGGAACAUUGCACAGCUCCAGUGCUUGCCCGCUCUGGGGGAGGAACUCGCACGCCUGGGCACAGUGGCAAAGUACCUGCCCGAGGAUGACCGACCCGGCCUGCUGACUCUGGGCCUCAUUCGCAAAUGCAAUGUCUCCGUCGACGUGGGUGGGCGUUUCGGUACCGUCGAAACCUCGCUGCAAGACCUGGAGGUCGCCCAGAUCACGAUGCCUUCCUUGGUCGCAGUCGCCGUGGGUGGAGUGACGGUCACUCGCAACCAGAUUGAGGACCUCAUAGGGUCCUCGAAUCUGCCACCCAGUCAAGACGACCAAAGCCCGGUGCUCAUGAUCCGCAUUAUCGGCGACGAGAUCGAGCCCGUGAUCAAGGUCAAGAUGCGAGGCCUGAACUUCGAGUAUCGCGUGUCGACCAUCAUGGACGUGCUCGAUCUCGCCGACGACGCGACGCCGCAAGAUUUCGAGGCCAGCCUUGCCGCGUCUGUCGCGAACUUGGGCGAACAGGCGCACACUGCCAUCACUGGGAGGACUUCGAAAUCGAGCCCCGUCACUGCGGGCAGAGCUUCCACAGGGACCGGGAAGCCUACGACAGUCGACCUGGCAAUCCGAGAGUGCAUCCUCGGGCUGAACCCGCUGGGUUUGACGUCCAAGCUCAAUAUCGUGCUUGUCGAGGCCCAGGUUGCAGUGACGCUGCCCAAAGACGAGAACGUGCAGACUACUGGCACCUUCCACAAGGCCUCGCUGCUCUUGAUCGACGAUAUCUCGACGGUCUCGUCCGGGGCUGUUACCUUUGUGCCCAGCCAUACUAAACGCCUCUCUGGUGGCGCACCUCCCUCUCGUGACCUUGUAAGCCAUCUCUGCGCCAAGGGGUUUGUGGACAUCUGCCAAAUCUCUUCCGCCAAGGCUACGGUCAAGAUUGCAACUGGUGAUGAUGGACAGAAGCGUGUCAAUGUUGACUUCCGGGAUGAUCUGCUAGUGCUUGAGACCUGCGCAGACUCGGCGCAGACUCUGAUUGCUCUCGCCAACGCCUUGACGCCACCGACUCCCCCUAGCAAGGAGAUCAAAUUCAAGACGGAAGUGAUGCCGGUCAAGGAUCUUCUAGCGUCCAUAUCGAUAGAUGCUUUCGGUAACGCUGAGGGCAACUACAAUCUCGAGGACGACUUUGCACUUUCCGAGGCACCGGGCGAGGAGGAAGAUCCCUUUGGAGACUACACUGGCUCUGUCAUAUCUGAUGACGGUAUACUCGGCGGCGAUCUGGAUGAGGUUCAGGGGACCCUGUUCGACGCAUCUGCCUCCAAUUUCACGGAGAGUAUAGCUGGCCAGGAGCCGGCUGAUCUCCUGGAGGACGACGACCUCAGCAUUCAUGAGGAUCAUUUCGGCGCCGGAUCGGAGCUUGAAGGCACCGCUCAUCGGUGGAACUCGGCCAAGAAUACUUAUGAUCAUUCGAAGAACCCGAUGGCCAAGAAGAGCCCGUUCAGGGUUUGCGUCAGAGACGUACAUGUCAUCUGGAACCUUUUUGACGGGUACGACUGGCAGCACACGCGCGACGUCAUCACCAAGACUGUUCACGAGGUCGAGGCCAAGGCGUACGAGCGCAGGUCCCGGGCUGAGCGUCGCGCUAUGUAUCAGGAGGAAGAAGAGGAAGAGGAGACUGUCAUUGGCGAUUUCCUCUUCAACUCAAUCUACAUUGGCAUCCCGGCCAACCACGACCCGAGAGAGCUCACGCAGGCCAUCAACCAGAACCUAUAUGGCGACCGCAUGACCGAGACGGAAUCGGUGACGACAACCGUGACGGCGACGCCCAGCCGUGUGGGAGGAGGCCACCAUCCCAGAGCGAAGAAGCUCAAGCUCCACAGGAGCCGGCACCACAAGAUCACGUUUGAACUCCGGGGACUGAAUGUCGACUUGGUGGUCUUCCCUCCAGGGUCGGGCGAGACUCAGAACUCGAUCGAUGUGAGGGUUCAGGACCUCGAGAUCUUUGAUCACGUCCCGACGUCGACGUGGAAGAAGUUUGCAACGUACGAUCAGGAUGCUGGGGAGAGGCAGCUCAAAGCCCCGAUGGUCCAUCUCGAGAUACUCAACGUGAGGCCCGUUCCCGAGCUGGCGGCUACCGAGAUCGUCCUGCGGGCUACGGUCUUGCCUCUGCGGCUCCACGUUGACCAGGACGCGCUCGACUUCAUCACGCGGUUUUUUGAGUUCAAGGACGACUCUUCGCCCGUACAUGCUUCGCCCAGCGACGUUCCGUUCAUCCAGCGGGCCGAGAUCAAUUCGAUCCCUGUGCAGCUCGACUUCAAGCCCAAGAGGGUGGACUAUGCAGGGCUCCGGUCUGGCCAUACCACUGAGUUUAUGAACUUUUUGAUCCUGGAGAGCGCCAGGAUGACGCUCCGACACACAAUCAUCUACGGCACGUCUGGGUUCGACAGGCUGGGCAAGACGCUCAACGACAUCUGGAUGCCAGACGUCAAGCGGCACCAGCUGCCUGGUGUGCUGGCCGGUCUGGCCCCUGUCCGGUCGCUGGUCAACGUUGGCAGCGGGUUCAAGGACCUGAUCGAGAUCCCCAUCCGAGAAUACCAGCGCGACGGGCGCAUCGUGCGGUCCAUCUCCAAGGGAGCGGCGGCCUUUGCCAAGACGACGGGGACGGAGCUGGUCAAGCUCGGGGCCAAGGUGGCGACAGGCACGCAGUACGUCCUCCAGGGGGCGGAGGGCAUGCUGGUCAGACGGCCCGCAGCGGCGGCGUCUCCGGGCGGCGGCGGCGGCGACUGGGAGGAAGACGACAUGUCGGACGAGGAGCAGCGGAAGCAGAUCAGCCUGUACGCGGACCAGCCGACCGGGGUGGUGCAGGGCUUGCGGCACGCGUACACGAGCCUGGCGCGGGACCUCAACACGGCGCGCGACGCUAUCAUCGCGGUGCCGGCCGAGGUGCGGGAGAGCGCGAGCGCCAAGGGGGCGGCGAGGGCGGUGAUGAAGAGGGCGCCGACCAUCAUCUUCCGGCCGGCGAUCGGGGCGACCAAGGCGAUUGGGCAGACGCUGCUCGGGGCGACCAACACGCUUGAUCCGCGGAACAUCAGGCGCAUGGAGGAGAAAUACAAGUCUGGCCCUGGGCGGAUGUAG